UCGGGACCAGUGCAUCUAUGGCUCUAGGGUGAAUGAGUGAGCUUUUAAAUUGUCACCAAAUGAGUAACUAUAAUGUGUGUAAUGUAUGGGAGACGAACAUACACAGAAAAGGUCAAUUAACCGAAAACUGAAUCCAGCACAUCGCAUUUCAAAAGUCACAAGUCUAUAUUUAACUGAAAAAAAGGUAACAACAUUUAUAUGACUGAUUGCAUGGGCCGAUGAGGAAUUUUCAAGAAUCAGAACAUUCCAGUUGCAUUAUCUAAGAAUGUGAGUGCCCAUUUGGUUUGACAAUGUGACUCUAAAUAAGUUCAAAAGCCUAGUUGUCAUUCAACAAUUGAGCAAUGAAAAAGCUGUUGUGAGAGAAAGAGUAAUUCCCUCAUCACACAAUACAAAUAUAUUUUUCGGAAUGACGGGUAUUUGGAUCAAAAACGGUGUUUAACGACUGUCCCUCGGUUUUAGUUUUGUUCCUGCUCAUCCACCGUAUUUUUGGAGUAACGUUCUACCGCGCAAGCGCCAGUUUGCCUGUUGAUGACUUUGCUACUAGCUGCCAGCAAAGACCAUCAUAUACAAACCAGACAACGUGACCAAACUACCAUAGAAUCCGUUAAAUACAUCAUACCGUUUUGCAAACGACAAUGCUACAAUUCCUGGUUGGACUUACCCUUGGGAACGUUGUUGGGAUGUACCUCGCCCAGAACUAUGAGGUGCCCAACAUUUCCAAGAAGAUAGAGGCCUUCAAGAAAGAUGUGGAGGCUAAAAAGAAACCAUCUGAGUGAGAGAAUAGGGAGCCCCUUCAGAACAAGAGGGGCCCCCAUCAGAACAAACGAGAGCCCCCUCAGAACAAGAGGGACCCCCAUCAGAAGACUGCUGGUGCUGAAGACUGGAAAAUAGAAGAGGCUGACAGAACGACAACGCACAUUAGAGUGGAUACUUAUUUUUAUAUAUCUCAAAUAAUGGAGGAGAAUUGUGUGUAAAUUGGUGAGAGAAUAAACUGUAAACAUUUGAUAAUAUAUCGUUUACAGUGUCUGCAGCGGAAGUAUUCUCCUUUUUAAGUAUGCGUUGUUCUUUGAAAUAGCUGGGGGUUUUUGGCACUUACGGGAUUUAAAACAUUUAUACAGUACGUUCUCUAUAGUCGGAAAUGAGGGUGGAGAAAUGGAAGUUGUCGAUAAAGUCAUAUUAUAUCCAAACUAGAUAGGGAGUUAUACUUAUGCAUGGGAGUUGUUACAUGAAAGGUUUUUUACUCUUGGAAAUCUAUUUUGCAUAUUUCUUUUUGCAACUGAGGCAGGGAUUGGAGUAGAGCGCUUUUCGACGGGUUUUGUGCAGUUAAUAACUUUGUGCCAAUAACGGUGCUCAGGUUUGCUCUGUGUGAUAAAGUUAAAUAAAGGUCUGAGGAUCAGAUUGUUUAUAAAACAAUAAAUUAAUGGAUUUGUUGAGCGUAA